UGUAGGGGGCGGGAUGGCGGUGAUGUAGCUAUCGAUAAAAACAGCGUGGAAUAAAAUAUGAAAUAAAAUUAAAAACAGGGUAUUUGGAGCUUUAUGAAGACUGGAUACACGCGCAGCUGGGAUAACGAUAAGUGUAAUCGAAGCUUUGGCCACGUUUCCGCGUGUGAUCUCGCCGCGGCUCUCCUGAAGCGCGAUGGGGAACACCAGCAGUGAGCGGGCAGCUGUGGGGCAGGGUGAGAAAGCCCACCGGAGGGACAGCCGCGGUGCCAAGGAGGGGGACCGCCCCAAAAUCCUGAUGGACAGCCCUGAAGACGCUGAUAUGUUUCACGGGGACGAUAUGAAGGCUCCUUUAGAGAAAGAAGAGUUUCUGGACUGGAGGCAGGAAUUAGAGGGAGGUGAUAAAGGUCUCUUGGCUCGUCCCACUGUAUUCCGCUGGACCGGCUCUGGGAGAGAGGUCUAUAUCUCUGGAUCCUUCAACAACUGGACCAAUAAAAUUCCUCUAACUAGGAGUCAGAACAAUUUUGUGGCGAUUGUGGAUUUACCUGAGGGUGAACACCAGUAUAAAUUCUAUGUGGACGGACAGUGGACCCACGAUCCAACGGAGCCUGUAGUGACCAAUCAGCUGGGCACAGUCAAUAACAUCAUCCAGGUGAAGAAGACAGACUUUGAGGUGUUUGAUGCUCUCAUGGUGGAUUCACAGAAAUGCUCAGACAUGUCGGAUCUGUCGAGUUCUCCUCCUGGUCCGUAUCAUCAGGAUGCGUAUGUACCCAAACUCGACGAGAAGUUCAAGUCUCCCCCCAUCCUCCCCCCUCACCUUCUACAGGUCAUCCUCAAUAAGGACACUGGCAUCUCAUGUGACCCUGCCUUACUUCCUGAGCCCAAUCACGUCAUGCUGAAUCAUCUCUAUGCUUUGUCCAUCAAGGACGGGGUGAUGGUUCUUAGUGCUACACAUCGUUAUAAGAAGAAGUACGUCACCACUCUGCUGUACAAACCCAUCUGAUACCAGCUGAUGAGUUUUAAUGCACCAUCCCCCAGACGUCUGCCUGAUCCUUCCUCUAGACCUGCUGUGUAGUUUAGGUGUUUAGCUGUGUACUUAUAGUUUUAAGUUUUAUUAAAUAAUAUGUGAGUGUGGGGUUUAUACCACACAUUUACACAGCAAAGACCUGCAGAACCCACUUUUGGCUCCAUAAAAAAAAGUUUAGUGUACAAUAAGAUAAAUGAGAUAUUAGUCUAAGUUAAUAACUUUAAAUAAGAUAAAAAGGAUACGCAUAACGCAAAGGCUCUAAUAAGAACUGAUUAAUCAUUAUGUGGUCUUUUAUGCAAAAGUUAAAUUAGUUAAAUUACAUGUUUUUUUAUGUUCUAAGUGUAAAUAAGUGCAGAGAAUUUUUUUUCAUUUUUAGGUUGUAACAUUUGGCUCAAAAAUGCACAAUGUGAUUAUUUUUUUUAUUUUUUUUUAUAGUUUUUGGCUUGUUAUGGCUGCUGUGCCUGCGCAGAUCUCCACCAGCAUGCUGACUCUGUUCAGGCAGCAAGCUGAUAACUUAUUAAAACUUAUAAAAACUAAAAUACUUAUCGUUUAUAUAGGGAUACACUGACUUUUGCCUAUAACUGUAUAAAAGCAUGUUUUUUUUUUAUGGAAACAAAAGUUGUUCCCUAUAAUAUCGCUCAAAUAGUGUGUUAAAUUAAAAUAACAACAGCACUGCAAAAUAAACCCUCUCUCUGAGAGCCAGUCACAUGGAGGGAUUCUCAUAAUAUGUCAUAUCAGAUUCAAAUAUAUAAACUUUUCAUAAAGACGGAUGUUUGUAUUUAAAUAUGACUGAAUCAGUGGGAGGGUUAUGAUUAUAAAUGGAUCAUAAAGUGAGAAAUGUGUAAGUUAUUGAGUUUAAUAAGGUGUAAAAUGAGAUAUUUUCUAAAGAAGGGCAUUUAUCUACUACUAUUUAUAAUGAUUUGUGUUCUGUAAUAGUUUAUAGUUGCUAGUUUAUAGUAAUAUAAUUUAUUUAUGUGUUUAACUUAGAGAGCAUUUGACUUUAUUCAUUUAUUCAUUUAAUUUCUUCAGUCAGUUAGAACGGACCAAUAUAAAAGGUAUUAAAUAUAGUACUGUGCAAAAGUUUUAGUCCCCUGUGAGAAUUAGAACAAAAAGGAUCCUAAUCUGGGGAAGGAAAUACAAAAAGUAUUGUUUUUACGUUACUGAAUUCAUUAAAACAUUAAAACCACAAUCUCCACAUUAAGUCUUAUAUUAUUAUUUAUAGUCACAUUUAUAGUUCAGCUAGUAGGGUAAAUCAGUGGUUAAUAUAGUGUGCUUUGGAUUAAAAUGAUUUCAGAUAUAUACACACAAAUGUCACAAAAAAUAAAAAUAAAAAUCUGAAUGAAAAAUAAAUCCCAAAAUAAUAAGAUAGAAAUGUGAAUAUAUUAUUGCAAGAGUGUGACAAAAAAAUCUGAUUUGUGGGGGGGUGGGGAUAUGGAAUUUUAAAAUGAUUUUUAAGUAAUUUAAACUGAAAGAAAUGGACCAAAAACCUGUAUGGUUAAAAAAACUAAAUGCAAUACUUUCUAAUAAUAAUUUAAUGAUCAUAUUUCAAUAUAAAAAAACAAAAGUGUGUCAAAACAAAUUAAUAGGCAAUGGGGAAAAAUAUGAAACUAUUGAAAAUAAGUGGGUAAAAAUGAUGUAAUUUAGGAAAUAAAAAUUUCACAAAAAUUACAUUUCACAAGGCCUUAAAGUAAAAUAUAAUGAUAUAAAAACAAGAUUGGGACAAAAACACAAAAUAUAAGGAAAACAUUAAUUUGGAACACAUAAAAUAUACUUAAUAAAGACUUAUUAUAAGAUUUAAAAAUAUAAAUAAAUAUUUGACCCAAGAAGAUGAAAAUCAAUAAAUUAUAAAAUUAUUAUCUCAUCUGUUCUUAUGGAUCUGGAGAUGUUACAGUACAUAAACUCUCUUAUUACUGAGAAAAUUAGUUGAUUAUUAUGAGAUUAUGGGUCUAAAACGUCUGCACAGUAUUGUAUAUAAAUAUAUUUGACCUUGGGGGUCGAGUUGACUCAAGUGAUUUAUAUCACAUAUAUAAUAAUUCCAGUGUUUUUCUCUUUUCCAUGUGCCAGUUUUUAUUUGAUUUUAUUUUUGUAUGUUUCUCUUGUAAUAUCUGAUUGAUUAUUUGAAGUAGAGUGGUCUAAUAUUUAAUUCUGUGUAAAUGUAGGACUCUUGCGUCUUUUAUUUUCAUUGUUACACUCCUGAAUGUAAAAGGACAGAAACCAGAUACAAAUAAGUAAAUAAAGUGUCUAUUUUUAACACCCUUA